AUUUUCACCAAGACGGUCGCGCGGGACGCGGUGGAGCCGCAUGUGUGUCCGCGCGUGUAUGCGCAGGGGAGGGGUGUGCAGAGGUGUUUCUGUGAAGUGUUUGUGCGAAUCACGCCAGCUAAGCCCGCGCGCGUUUUGCAACGUGAUUUGGCGCGUGCAUCCUUCUCUCAACCUGCCGCUGCGCAAGACCAGACCGGAGGACAGACUAUUGUAUCACAACGAACCUUAAACUGAGACGAAUAACGGGAUAUAUAACGGAUAAGUAUAUAGUUAGUUCAAGAAAGGAAUAAACAGGAGGUGAUGGAGCCGGUGGGCUCGUUUCAUCCCGGUAAAUCCGGAAGCUCGCACUUCGAUCCAAUUGUCUUUGUAAAAAAGCCACGGACCAUCCUCCGACUACUAUGUUGGGUGUUUUCCAUGGUGGUGUUCAGCAGCAUCGUUAAUGAAGGAUAUAUGAACAUUGGAAGCGAGCGGUUGCUAUGUGUCUUCAAUAAGAAUGCUGAUGCCUGUAACUAUGGCGUUACAGUGGGUGUGGCCUGUUUCUUGGGCAGCAUGUGUUUCCUGGUACUGGAUAUCUACUUCCCCACUAUUCAGAGUGUUCGGCUCCGGAGGAGAGCAUCUCUCAUCGACAUGGCCUUCUCUGCCCUGGCCAGCUUCCUGUGGUUUGUUGGGUUCUGUUUCCUGGCCAAUCAAUGGCAGCAGACCACAGAUGAUGAACUCCCAUUGGCUCAGGGCUCAGACGCUGCCAGGGCUGCUAUCAUCUUCUGCUUCUUCUCCAUUCUCACCUGGGCUGGCCUGACAGCGCUCGCUCUCCAGACAUUCCUCAACCUGUUCCAGAACUUCAGACUGUUUGCAGAUAACCUUGACAACAGCACCACUGGUUACCAGGACAACCGUUCUAUACCUGUCGCCAAUGGAAUCACCAUAGUAACCACCAACCCUUACCACCGACCCCCUCCCUUUACUGGAACUUUGAGUCUGGACCCUGCUAGCCUAACACCUUCUCCUGCUUUCUAGGGAAGUGAGAGAUGGAGAGAGAAUGAAUGUGAGAGAGAGACAAGGAAAAGGGGAAAAGGAGAUGAAAGGGAUGGAUAGAGACAGGGAUGGACAGGGAGAGAUGAAGAGAGAGAUGAGAGAGGGGGAGAGUGAAGAGAGAUAGAAGGAGAAAAGACAGCAGAGAGAUGGAGCAGGGAGGAGAGAGAGAGAUGGAGAGACAGCGGCUGGCCUGAUUGGCUGACUCAGGGUCAGGUGAUGUUAGCUCUGCAUCACCAUGGAAACUGCAGUCUCAGCCAAGGAUUCCCACUGAGCAGGAAAUAGAACACACACAUUCUCUGAGGCCCAGCGAGUAUACUUUACAUAGUAAUGAACACUGAAGUUAUAAUUCUGUUACGUUAUAAAAGCGUUAUGCAGCUCUUACGUAGGCCCUAUGUAGCCUUUUUGAAGGCCCUAUGUAGCUGUUAUGCAGGCCUAUGUCACCAUAUUGGUUAUAAAGCAGUAAUAAGUCCAUCUCCAUUCAAUUCUGACCACCAAUGUCUCUUAGAGUGCCUGCAUUUCCUUGCUCCAAACCAUGGACUGACAAAUGAUGUAGACCAAUAGAGGAAAAAGAAUGAUAUUUACUUGUGUGUGUGUGUGUUAUUUACUUAUGUGUCUCUGUAUUUGUAUGAAUCAUGAUCUACCAACUGAGCUACAGAGGACUACAAAGGGGUAAGGGGUGAAAGAGGGAUGAGG